UGACGCAAUAAUGUCUCCCUGCCACAAACACACAACUGGAAUUGCAGAGGCCACACGUUUUCUAGGGCAGAUGAGAACGGUGGUUGAGGCAAGGGAGAUCUGGCCCUCGCUAAGAGUGCCUCAGGAUGAUCAUUACCACAUGGGGAGCGUACAUCUUGUUCCGCAGGGCUUCUAGAACACCUUUCCCAGCUGACGAUGCUCCAGUAAGGACACAGGAGGGGCUGUGAGGUUGUGAAGGGGGGAUUGAUAUCAGUGCUUUUCUUCUAGAAAAAGGGUGCAGGUACUGCAUACCCUUGAGUACCCCCAUUUUAAAAAAAGCACUGGUGAUACUUACUAUAAAGUGACCCUGUUGAAUUUCUCACUACCACUCAUUUUCCCUUUUCCCUUUAAGGCUGAUAACAUAGUUGAGCCAGAGAUAGAGUACGUAUUGGAGCAUUGGCUGAAGAAGGUGAGUGUAACAAAUAGGGCUACGGGCUGAAAUUGGGGGCAGGUAAGCCAUAGCUCAGUGGCAGAGUAUCUGCUUUGCAUGCAGAAGCUCCCAAAUUCAGUCCCCCCCAUCUUCAGGUGUGUCUGGGAAAGUUUCCUUGCCCAAAUCUCUGGGAAAGCUUUUAGCUUAGACAAACCUGUCCAGAUAUUUGGAAUGUUGGUGUGUGUUUUAAUCUAGUUUUAGUUUAUUGAUUACUUUGGGUUAUUAUUAUUAUUAUUAUUAUUAUUAAAUGCUUUGAACUGUUGUUUUUACUAAUAAUAUUAUUGUUUCAUUCUUUUUAUAAGCGGCUUGUUGUUUUUUAACCAUCAAGCAGUGUAUACAUUUUACGAACCGAAUAAAAUUCAAGCUACCGCCUGUCAGUGUUGACAGUACUGAGACAGAUGAAACAAGGGGCUGAGUUAAUAUUGGGCAGCUUUCUAUGCUCUGUCCAUGCAGACUGUUUGGAAGGAAUUCGGAUCCAGCACACAACAUUAGCAUGGAGACCGGGGACCUAUGUAAGCACUCAUCAUGGGACUUAACUAGCCAUAUGAGCAUGAGCAUGCUAGUGCUACCCUCCUCAAACUCUGCAUGUUCAAGGAUGGUUGUCUGCACCAGGUUAGCCUUCUGCACUUAGGGAAGCUGUCGGAUGUUUUCGAAACCACGUUUAACCAAGGAUCUAAAAUGCAGAGGAGCCUAAGGGGUACAGGAUGGUUUUUCCAUUGUGGAUAGCUAGGCUAGGGGUAAGCAUAACUGAGCCACAUGUGGAUGUUUUCACUUCCACAUGUAUCUAGAACUGCUGUCACACGCAUCAUUCCCAAGUCUUUCCCAUCCUGGUUUACAUCAAUCCAUUGUUGUUUUAAUCUGCACACACAUAUUUAUUUUUAAGCAUAUUAUCUCAAACCUAUGCAUUUCUAAUUUCCCUCUCAAUAUCUGCAUUUCUAAAUAUAUUUUAUUGUGCAAUGUGAAGGGAGGGAGAGAAGAAAUGUUGAUGUUCUGCCUUGAGUGAGUCUGGGCCUUUUUGGAGCCAUGAGUUGCAAAAUGCAUUUUUUAGUUGGUUGGCCCUGAUAUGAGUGAGGGUUUGAUCCUGCAUAAAAGUUAGCUAUGCUGAGGUCCUGUUCAAAGUCCCCUCUCUUCAUGCUUUGCCUCCCAUGAUAUCUAAAUUGCAAUCUCAUUUCGGGGCAGAAGCCUGUUUCUUUUCAUCUCUCUCUUCUUAUGAAACUCUAUGAAGUCAAGUGUCAUUCACAUUUAUGACUUGGCAUAAAUCAGUAGUUGUACCUUGGAAGUCCAACGGAAUCAGUUCCGGAAGUCCGUUUGGCUUCCAAAAUGUUCGAAAACCAAAUCAUGGCUUCUAAUUGGCUGCAGGAAGCUCCUGAAGCCAAUCAGAAACCGCGGAAGCCCGGUUGGACAUUCGGCUUCCAAAAAUAGUUCACAAACCGGAACAGUCACUUCCGGGUUUGCGACGUUUGGGAGCCAAAACAUUUGGGAACUAAACUGUUCAAAAACCAAGGUACAACUGUAAUGACAUUAAUGGUGACCAACCAGUUUUGUAUGAUAAAUAACUUCACUUUGGGGGAGAAUAUGGUGGUAGCAUGUGUGUUUGUGUUGCCUCUUAGAUCGAAGAAGAUGCUGUCAAGAUCUUUAGGCAGAAGUCAGAAAACAGGUCGGACUGCCAGGUGGAAGGGAUCAGAACUUUUCCUUCAGUUGGCCUAGAUUUGGCAGCAGCAAGAUCAAAACCAGAAACCUGGGAGACCUUUGAAGACAGGAGGCCACCAAGGGUGAGUGAGAGCUGCAGCAGUUUAUGUGCAGAUGAGAAUGGGAUAGAGAAAAGGAAGUAGAGGAGCAAAAAUAGGCUGUGGAUGCACCAUCUAUUGAAAGUGCACUCCCCCAAACAUCUGGAAAACUGUAUUGGGUCUUGGGAUUGUGGUUCUGUGAGUGGUAAACUACAGUUUCCAGCAUUCUUUUUGUGUGCAUGGUGAUGAAUAUUCUUCCAAUGUGCUUUAAAUUUAUGGUGUGUAUGCAGCCAUAGCCUGCAAAAGCAAGUAUUCUAUGGAGAAAUCAGUGUAUUUCUGUCUGUGUCAGUUUCAAUAAGUCCAUUCUUCCCCUACUUUCUGCAUAGCUUUUAAAAAAAAGAGCUAUACAAUGAAUUUGCAUUUAAAUUGCACAUAGUUUUAUAUGCACUUUUCCUUGAAAUAUGCAACUUGUAAGCUUUUUGUACUCAUUUUCAACUCAUUCCCCCCUUUAAAAUAAUUUUUUUGGGAUCUUUGAUCCUGUAAAGAACACCUUUUCAAAUGUAUUUUGACUGAACCAAACCUGCAUUGCAAAAUUCAGAGAAGUGAGUAUGCAAUUCCAUGUGGAAGACUGGAAUUUUCAUGGCCCUCUAGCAACUAGUGUGGCUCAUUUACCAGAAGUUACGUAUUUUGCAUUACCUCUGGAAGUGUAUACUUGACUAUGUCUCCAAACUAUUCCUCCUAGAGCAAUAUAUACAUCAGGAAGCUUAGUUUGGCCAGAAUCGAGUAUACACCAAGAUUUUUCUGGUGCACAUAAGCAGACUUUUCAUAUCCCUGUUGCAGGAGUGUUCCAGCACAAUACUUUCAUCCAGUUCCAGCCUGGACCUGACAGAUGACAGGACAAGGAUCCAGUUUGUCCGAUGGAGGUGAGCCUUCACAUGAGUCAAUGGUGUCCACUGAAGCGAUGAGCAAUGGCACUCUGAAUGAUCUGAGUGCACACUCUUGAACAGGGGUGGGACAUUGAUCUUUCCUCGAAAUAUGCAACCACAAAAUAGUUUUGUAGUGUGGGAAACCUUUGGUCACCCAGAUGUUGCUGAACUACAACUCUCAUCACCCCAGGGAUAGUGGGAGUUGUAGUUCAGCAACAUCUGGAUGGUGAAAGGAGGACCUGCAACCCUUUAGAUGUUAGUGUACUCCAACACUCAGCUGCCUCAGUCAGCAGAAUGGCCAGAGACAUUGGGAGUGGUAACCUAAUAACAUCUGCAGGCCUGCAGGCUCCCCACCUUUGUUUUUUUUUUAAAUGAUAUUUAUUGAAAAUUUUUAAAAUUACAAAAAAAAACACAAAGCAGAGAAAGAAAAAAGAAACAAAAAAGAGAAAAAGAAAACAAAUCACAUCCAACAAUACAAAUUCAAAAAACAAAAAUACACCACAAACAUAUAAAAAUAAAACCAACAUUCUCAAAUCUUCAACUUUCAUUACCUUCUUUCUUUGACCUCCUCCUCCUCCCUUUUUUUGUAUCCCAGUUAUUAAUUAUCGCAGCAAAUCCUUUCCAUAUUUCAUAAUAUUCUGUCAUUACAUUACCUUUAUCUAUUUUCAUCUUAUCUUAUAAAAAACCUUAAAACUUAAAUCUUAUUUUAAACAUUUUUGCUAGAGCCAAGUAAUUUCGUUCCAACAUUUUUCUAACAGUCAUCAGUUUUAUAAAACAAUCCUAGUAGUAAAAAAAAGAAAUAGAAACAAUCCAAUCUUCAUCGAGCGUCCCUUCCUCCUGGUCCCGGGUUUUGUCAGUCCUUUUUAUCCCAUCGAUCUAGCGCAUUAACCUGGUAACCUUAUAUCCGAGGCCCUUAAGUCCCUUCCAUGUCCCUUCCGGAGCUCUUCUUCAUAUUUACCUUCCACUCGUGGGAACCCCAGCUUGGUAAUGUUUUUGACCCAUUUCAACAAGUCAGCCCCUUUUCCAUAGUCCAGACCAAACUCCAUGUAGUAUUUAAAGACAUGUUUCAGAAUCCCUCCAAAGUUGAGAGCCCCCACAGCUCCAAACAUCUCACGGCCCAUUGCCAGACUAGGAAAGUCCAAACAUCCCUGCAUAGGGGGGUCUAUCCAACCCCCCAUUUCCAAAUCAGUCCAAACUUUAUCUUUCCUAAUCUGGCUUUUUCCAAGUUCAUUUGUCAAAUCCAAAAGCUCAUAUUCCUGCUGGGCCGCAGCUCCCUCCAUCUCUGGCGCCCAAGAUUCUGCAACAUCCUCUUCUCUCAUCUGUUCUGUCAGGGCACACUCCUGAUUUAAUUCCUGAGUGGGCUCCAUAUAGUUUCCCACUGCCUGUUCAAAAAUUCUGGCCGCAUUAGUCAUCAAAUCCAUCUUCUCGGUUAACUGUUCCAGUAGAGCAUUUAUUUUACAGAGAGCACACAACAGAGCUUCUGAAUACAUUUUCCUACAAGGUCACAAGCCUUUUCCCACGAUUGUAAUCUAUGACAGCUGCAAGCUCCCUGGAGUUAGUUACAGUUUCCCAGUCUCCCUCUAGGGGGAAAACUUCUAAUUGUUCUUGCAACAAAGUUUCUUUUUUGAGAUAUUUUGUCAAUAUUUGUUCCUUUAAAAUGCGAAAGGAAACAUUGGAAUCACUAUGUUUCUCUUCUUUUAGCUAUCUGUCAAAAGCGUUUGUCUCUGGUCAAUGAGCUUCAAACGUCAGUCCUGACACCCCGCUCCAGGAUCAGGACGGUGGAAAAUUACUUUACUUUAAACUCACUUCUGCAGGUUUAAACAGUCCGAAAAAGAUCCCCCUUCUUCUCCUGCUACCGAAGAGGGGUUCGAGAUUUUAAAUUAUGAAAGCCGAUUCUUUAGAAGCAAUUUUCUAAGCUCUAGUUUACGUUGUCUUUGCUUUAUUCUAUCUACAAAGAAAUGGAAGGCUGACUUCCUGUUUAGACCUUCCCGUUUCAGUACCAAAUUGAGGUAAAUUUUUGAAUCCAAUUCCUUUCUGCUCGCAAAUCCUUGUUUAAAGUCCAAUUUGUUCAAAGUUUCAAGUAAUCACGGGUGCUUAUUUAGAAGCCAAAUUGUCCCAGGAAAAAGGCAGCGCUCUCUGGCAACGGCUAUGCGGCUUCGCUCCACGGAAAUAGCAGUUGACUCACAGCACCGCGCCGCUUCCCCCUCUUCACUUCGGAGCCCGUUAGUGGGUUCCUUUGCGGGUUGGGGGGGCGCUAAGGGUGCCCGCCGAGUCCCAUGGUCACAGGCUUCAUCCGCCUGUGAUUUUUAAAGGGGUCCCCACUUCGCCGUACUGGAAAGGCUCCCCACCUUUGAUCUAGAAAGUGAUCCUGAAUCCUUUGCACUAUGCUGGAAUCCCACGGAAGAUAUGCAGAUGAUUCCACAGCAGGCAACUCAAUGUGGAGAGGGGAUCCAGAGGGGAGGAAACAGAAAACCAUGGAGCUAGACCUCUUCAGAUGUGCACCCAAAAGAUGAGCAGAGCUGAGUUCAAGCAUUAUGUGUAAUUUAACGAGGCCGUCUGAGAGUAGAGCAUGGCUACUUGUGACAACUCAACUGUAUGCAAGACUCACUUUGAGAGAUGAGUGGAUUUUUAGCACUAGACCUCCUUGAAAACCUGGCAGGUUUGGUAAAUUUAGCCCAGAGAAGAAGCAGUUAAAAGGGGAGAGGAUUGCCAUCUUCAAAUAUUUGAACAGCUGUCACAUAGAUGAUGAAUCAGAUUCCUUUUCAGAUACUCCCAAAGACCAGGACCUAAACUGAUGGGUCCAAUUGACAAGAAAAUUGAUUUAAACUAAAUAUUAUGAGAAAUUUCCUGACUGUGGAACAAAUAUUGCCUUUGAUGGUGGUUGACUCUCCUUUGGAAUGGGAUUUUAAGAAGAGGCUAGAUGACUACCUAAUGAUUUCCCCAUUAUCUUGAUUCUAUUCUGCUUUAAUUGUUUUUAAUGUUGCUGUUUUAAAAUUAUUACAACGUAUCUUGGAGCCUCAUGGGGUGGUGAAGAACUUUAAGACUACUCUUGUUGUUGGGUUGUUGUUGUUGCUGUGGUUUCCUGGGCAGGGGUUGGACUAGAUGACAUAUUGAUGUCCUUUCCAACUCUAUGAUUCUAUUUUUCAGUCACACCCGGGUGUAUCAUGUCACGAGCGAUAUGAGAAAGGAUGCCAUGCAAGAGAGGCUGGAUAAAGUGAGCAAUAGGUGAGACCCAGCUGGAAGGGCAAAUAGCUUUUAGCAGCAUUUCUGUUGCUUACACAUAUGGGGAAGGGCCAUAGCUCAGUGGUAGAGCAUCUGCUCUGCAUGCAGAACUCCCCAGGUUCAAUCCCCAGCAUCUCCAAAUAAGAUUGGGAAUGUCCUCUACCUGAAAUCCUGGAGAGCUGCUACUAUCAGUGAGUGUAGAAAAUGUUGAGCUAGAUAGACCAAUGCCCUGACCCAGUUUAAAGCAACUUUUUACACUCCUGAGAUAACAAUUCUAUCCCUGCAAGUUCAAUACAAUGCUCCCCUUCUACCCUUAACACCAGCUUCCAAAAAUAAUUCUUACCUAGUUCUGCCCCAUUAGUAUGAAAAUAAAUUCACUGAAUCCUAGAUGUGAUCCAAUGUGGAAUUCUUUUAACAGUGCUCAUAUCAGUGAGUCUCUAACCCUAGGAGUGGGAAAAUAGACCAUAACAUCUCUACACACAGUUUCUAUAGUCGGAGUUGAUCUGCAUAUGGAUAUUGCAAUUUGAAUCACAUCCAAAGAAACUGGCAAGGGGUAUUCCAUUUAGGCCAACUAGUUUUCCUUAACUUCUGUUUUUACAGUGGUACCUCGGGUUAAGUACUUAAUUCAUUCCGGAGGUCCAUUCUUAACCUGAAACUGUUCUUAAUCUGAAGCAUCACUUUAACUAAUGAGGCCUCCUGCUGCCACUGCACUGCCGGAGCCCAAUUUCUGUUCUUAUCCUGAAGCAAAGUUCUUAACCUGAAGCACUAUUUCUGGGUUAGCGGAGUGUGUAACCUGAAGCGUAUGUAACCCGAGGUACCACUGUAUAUUGUUUCAUAGGGAACUUCCUUACAUUGAGUCAGACAAUUGGUACACACACACACACACACACACACACACACACACACCGUAUUUUUCGCUCUAUAAGACGCACCAGACCAUAAGACGCACCUAGUUUUUGGAGGAGGAAAACAAGAAAAAAAUAUAUUCUGAAUCCCAGAAGCCAGGACAGCAAGAAGGAUUGCAGCGCAGUGAUCCCGCUUGCUGUCCUGGCUUAUGGGAUAGCUGCGCACAGCCUCUCCCAAACAGUGGGAUGAAGGCUCCCCCAAGAGCCGUGCUCCCUUUAAAGAGCGUGUGGAGUGUGUGUGGAGCAGCCCUUCUCCCUCCUCGGGGGAAAGCCCCCAAGAGCUGCACACACGCUCCACGUGGCUCUUUAAAGGGAGCGCUGAGCAGAGCCUCCUGCCUGCAUUCGCUCCAUAAGACGCACUUACUUUUUAGGAGGGGAAAGUGCAUCUUAUAGAGCGAAAAAUACGGUACACACACACACACACACACACACAAACUAAAAGUGUUAAGAUAAUUUCUCCAUAGUGGUUGCUGUGAUUGAGACAGAAGGGAGUUAUUGUCAAACCCAUCUUUCUUUGCUAUUCCUCAUAUGUGCAAAAGAAAGCACUUCUGGAAUGCUUAACUCACUGUUGGAGGGUGAUAAGGGGACAAUUGGUCCAUCUAGUUCAUUCUUGUCUACACUGACCGGGAUUUCUAGCAGAGGUCCUUCCUAGCCCUAUUUGGAGAUAAGAACAGAAGAAGAGCCUGCUGGAUCAGACCAAUGGCUCAUCUAGUCCAGCAUCCUGUUCUCACAGUGGCCAACCAGAUGCCCCAAUGGGAAACCAGCAAGUGAGAUUUGAGCACAAGAGCCACUCUCCCCUCCUACCAUUUUACAGCAACUGGCAUGAAGAAAUAUUGCUGUCGUCUUCAUUGUCUCCAGGACAUAUGGAUGCCAGUCAAUGCCAGGCCUAAUUAUGCCUAUGGGGUGAAGGUUUCCCAGUCUGGGAUAUGUUUUGAAGUGGGGGUUUGGUGACAAAGUGUGUGUGAGCUCAAGAGGCCCACCAUGCUUGACCUUGCGUGUACUGUGUGUGGGUCUCAAUCCAGGGAAGAUUCAGACAUGCUCCCCAAGUCCAGAAUUGCCCUUGAUUUCACCCUGUGGACUUAUAAUAGGAGGCAAUGUGGUUGGGCUGCCUCCUCCUCCUUUUUCUGCUGGGCUUGCAGCCUCUUAAGUGGCUUGCUGGCCUUCCAAAGAGCCUUGAUGCCUUCCUCUCUAACCCCUUUCCCAGAGCUGCUCUAUUGGGUAGCAUGUCUGGAAACCUCAGUUUUAUUGAUGGACUUGCCACCUCACAUUGCUGUGGCAGGCUGACGUGCUGGUGUGUUUGGCGCAGCUAAGUGGCCAUCUCACAAGGGUGGUUGGGGGGGUCUUGUCCAGGGUUCCUGGAUGUGCACCUUCAGCAGGUUUUUGUGCCCUGAAUCACUACCAGCUCUUGUCCAGAAUCUGCAUGAGAGCAAGUUUGGUCUGACCUCAUUUCUUUACCUCCCAGUGUCUCCAGGGUCAUGUUCCAAGCUGUGACCGACCUGGACAGCGGCCCAUCAGACACCAAUCUCCACUUCUCAAUGCCAGCGUAUUAAGACACGGACAGGUGAGGUGCUCAUCCCCAGCCCUCUGCCUUUCCCUCCAUGGGAUUUUAGCAUUGCAAGGGACCCCGAGGCCAUUUAACCCCACUCAUUGCAGGAACCUGCAGCCACAGCGCUGAGAUGUGGUUGCCUAUUUCCACAGAAAGACAGCUGGCCACCUCUGUUCCACUGCUAAACAGCCCUUACCAUUAGGACUCUUCUGUUAAUGUUUAGCUCUAUGUACCAGCCAUGAUGGCUAUGAUCUGCCUCCACAAUUGGAAAUAGUAAGGAUUCUGAAUACUUGUGGCUGGAAACCACAGGUGAGCACAAUUAUGCUCAUGUGCUACUUGCAGGUUUCCCACAGGCUGGCCACUGUAAGAGCAGUAUGCUGGGCUGGAUGGGCCAUUGACCUAGUGGGCUGGGUCUGUGAGCUCUGUUCAUGCCACCUCUAGUGCCUCCAUGACCCUGAAGGAUGGAGGUGUUGACAGCACUGGCUCAGCAUCCAAUUUAGUCUCUGUUGCCUCCCCCUGCAGGAGGAAACUCCUCACCGCCCGGAGGCAGUGCUGGGGUAGGGGAACUCAACUUCAGGCUGUCUCUGAUUAGAGGUGCCUGAUGCCACAGGGGUACUUUUCUGCCAACCUGAAUUAUCCCUUCCCUGGACCCAGCUUUCCAUUUCCUGGAUUUCUGUGGGCUCAGACACAUCUUGGGAUCUCACAGUCAAUGGAAUAGCGUGGGGGGUGCCAGGGGGGCUGUUGCCCCGGGUGCACAGUCUGAAGGGGUGUAUGUGAAAACCAGGCAGCCCCACAGAGAUUCCUGCCCUGCCCUGCCUGGGGAGUGCAGAGGGUGAACAGCACCUUCUGUGCUGUGCCCCCACUUGGCAUGCGAGCAGCCGUCCAGAGGCAGCAUGGGUUGGGGAAUGCAGUGUCAGGAGUUCAGCCUACACUCCAGUAGGACCCUGGCAGAGACGCAUGCCCAACUGGCAUGUUCUCCCCCUCCUGGUUGAUCGUUCGGGAGCUUCAGAAGCUUUCUUCAGCCCAAACAUCACAGCGACCGAUGCCAACCGACACUGGCACACUUAGGGAUUCGCAGAGUUUGUGCAGUUGUGCAAACAGCAACUCAGCAUUUUGGCUAAUCUACUUUAUUUACAUAUAAACACAUGAAGCACUGCAACAUGGCGCCUUCUCUCUCUAGCAUCAGACAGCAAAGAGAAAAAGAACAAAGGACAAUAGUCCCACUUCACGGAACACAGUAACACAAACAUCCUGUCUCCGUCACUUCCCACUCUGUGGAGUCAAAACAUAUACCAUCAUGUGAUAGACAACAAUCCCAUGACUGCAAUCAUGGAGCAGGAAUUUUAACAUGUGGGGGGUGCUCUUCACCCUCCGCUCCCCGCCUGGUGCAUGAGUGCCCAUCGGGCAUUGCAGGCUGGGCAAGCAUGCUCCACCUGCUUGGCACACAUGCACACACACCUAUCCCAGGCACCGGUGAACAGUGCUACACCCCUGCCUACAGUCAAUUUCCCCCAUCCUGCCAGGACCCCCUUCAGGACUGCUCAGAUCCAAUGCCCCAAGUUGCUUCCAUUCCUCCUCAGGAUCCUCCCAUGCCCUCCAUGACAUCUCUAUGGGACUCAUGACCUCAAUGUUGUUGGACUACAACUCCCAUCAUUCUUGACCACUGGUCAUACCGGCUGGGGGUUGAUGAGAGUUGUAGGUCAAUGGCAUCCUGAGGAUUACAUGUUCCGCAUCCCUGAUCUCAUCCAUACAGCUUGGGCAGGAAUCUGGGGGAAGGAAAAUGCAGAAGCCUCUAGUUUUUUCCUGAUCUCUGGAUCAAACUCGAAAAAUCAUCAGUCGCUUAGUUAGCAAUCUGAAACGUCUGUUGGGAAAUAAUGACCUGGUAGCAGCUCUAGCAGUGACAUCUGAUGUUUUACCUAUGCAGGAGCACCAUUCUUCCCCCCUGAUCUUCUUCCUGUGCUUUCCUCCUCCCAGAGUCCCUGCUUCCUUGUGGCUCUUGAGGAGAAGAAGGUGCCCUUCCUGCUCUGCCCUCUGGGUCUUCUUCUUUGGCUGUGAAAGCCCUGCCUUCUUGAAAUGGCCAGAGAAACAGCCUGAAUCCUGUGGAAGGAUUUACUUACUUUUUUUUGCUUGGGCUAUUAUAAAUGCCUGGCUUUGUGAACUGUGAAUGACUAAUAAAAAAUUGCUAACCAUUUAAACUGCUUUC